CCUCUCUCUCUCUAAACCUCCCUUCUCUCUCUCUAUGGCCAGAGCCUGUCUUCACCCCCAAAUUGGGGUUUCAGUCCCUUGCAGUGCAUAUUCCCCAGUAUGAAGAAGAAAGCUUAAUCCUCCAUAAAGCUCAGUACCCUCAUCAUUUACUGCACUUCCACUUCUGGAACUAUUAACCCCCCUCUUUAUCUCUCUAAAAUCUCUCCCCAUUCACUGUUUUUUGCUCUUUAGGGUUAAUUGCGGGUCGGGCAACACGCUGGCCAUGGACAACUCCUGCAACAGCGGCAGCCUGCAGUCCUCGAGCGCUGACGAAGAUUACGCCCCCUCCAAUCCCAACACCGCCUCCUCCUCUCUCUCUAACCAAGUUUCCCUCUCUAACCAAGUUUCUCUCUCUACCUCCUCCCACUCCCUCUUCGACUCUCUCUCUUACUUCGAAUCCUUCUCCAGACCCACCCAAGAGAACCCAAACCCCAACCCUUCGAACCCAGUUCUCAAUUUUGAAGCCCCGUGGUCCAGGACCAUGAAUCCUAGAUCGAACCCUCUGAACCCAACGCCUUUGCCCUAUCUAGACGACAUGGCGGCAACACAUCAAGGUGGCGGAGCUAUGGCUCAAACCAGUGGCUUUACGGCUACCCAGAUACCGGUAAAAAGCGGGGGUAAGAAGCGGUCUAGAGCAUCGAGAAGAGCCCCAACCACUGUUUUGACCACUGAUACUACGAAUUUUAGGGCCAUGGUUCAAGAAUUCACAGGGAUUCCUAACCCCCCAUUUUCGUCAUCGCCAUUUCAGAGGGCCUCCACUCGCUUUGAUUUUAUAGGAGGAGGCGGUGGUUCUCGAUCUGAGCCGGCUCCACCCUUUUUGUUACGCCCUUUCCCCCAAAAACCAUCGCCUCCUCUCUCCUCUUCAAAUUCCAUUUCUGGUUCUUCUUCUUUGAAUAUCGUUAGCUCGAAUGCCGAUAUAGUAAUGCCCAAUUAUUUAGCCGCCUCUUCGUCUUCUCAGAACGUACCGGUUCCCCAACUACCUAUACAAAUGCAAGGGCCCCCCAGUUUCGUGAAUUUUCAUCCGGUUUUGAGCCAUAACGCAAAGUUUAUGAGCCCCAUGGCUCCGAUGCCUGGUUUUCUGGCUGGAAAAGGUCAGAUUCCGGCUGAUUCUCGUCUGAAAAGUGGGGUUUUGGAGGGCUUUGGUUCGGAUUCCGGCCAAAUUGGCGGAGCUAGCGGGCAUGGCCACGGCCAAACUGGGGGACCGAGGCCUGAUUUUGUAUCAGGAGGGGGUGGAUCGAGAGGCGGAGAUCUGGGUUAUGGUGGUGACGAAGAGGAAGAGGGAUUUAUGAGGAGCUCUUCUUCUUCAGUGGCGGCUAAUAACUAUUUCGGAAACCAGAGAAACAGUAGCUGUAAGCUUAACUAUUCGGUGUCUUCGAGCUCGGAUUUUCACGUGGAGAAGGGGUCAGAGAAUGUAGGGAGAGGAGAGGGAAUGGUGGAUUCCUGGAUUUGUUCCUCUGAUUAGAGAGAGAUCAAAACACCCAGGUAUGUAGCUAAUAUGCGUGCACCCCUUGUAAAUACCGCCUCUCUCUCGCUCUCUAGCUUCUUUCGCUCUCUAAGUUUCUCUUUCUUAGGUUUUGUUUAUUGUUUUGAUUUUACUCUCUGAUCGUAUACAUACAUGGGGCUGGACACUGGCAUGGCGAUCCUUUUUAUUGAUUGUAAGCUAUGGGAGCACGAUGCGUGAGUUAGGGUUAUCGUAUUGAUAUGGUAAACCACUAAUCCAUGCAUAUGUUUCUUUUCCUUUAGGUUUUUUUGAAAUCUCAGUGAAUCCCCAAAGCUUUCAUCUUUGCAUAUGCAAUGGAGAGUUGCACUUGAUGCCCCUUAUUUCA